AUGGAGGCGAGGGAUGCGUUUCUCAGCAGUCUUGCCUCUGGCGGCAGCUCGAAAAGACACAGCCUGCUCAUGCGCUACACAGAUGACUUUCUGCUGAUCACGACAAGCAAGCGGGUGGCUACAAAGUUCUACACGGUCAUGCGGGAUGGACACCCGGACUACGGGUGCUUCAUUAGCCCCGAGAAGACUCUCACGAACUUUGACCUGCUCGACACGAUGUCCGCUGCUGGGCCGCUCGUCCCGCGCAUCUACAGUGACGACUUCGCCUGGUGCGGGCUGACGCUCAACACUCGCGAUUUGGGCGUGUCGACCGACCUCGCGCGCUACGCUGGGCUGGACAUGCGCGACACGCUCACCGUCGAGUACAGCCGCCGCCCAGGCGCCGCGCUUGUCGAGAAGAUGAUCACGUCGGUCAAAUCGCGCUGCCAUGUCCUGUUCACUGAUACUUCGCUCAACGGAAGUCGGCGCGUGUACGCUAAUGUAUAUGCGAGCUUUCUCGUUGCUGCACUCAAGUUCGCCGCAUAUCUGGGAGAAUUGCGGCGGUUUAAAGUGGUGUUUCGCGCAGAGUUCCUGUUUGGCGCGAUCCAGAGGCUGGUCAGGUUUACGAGUCGGUACAUUGGCUCACGGGUUGCUAGUGCCCGGGCGAAGCUCUAUGCACUGGGAUCGACCAAGGAUAGGAGAUCUGGGAGAGGUAGGAGGGGCAAGGCGUGGAGAGUGAGCUGUGCGCUUCAGCCGCGGUACGUGCACUGGUUGGGCUACUCUGCGUUCCAGAGCGUGCUCUCCCCGCACGCUGCGAGGAAGACGAAGCAUGGUGGGGCGAAUCUGCGCAGUCCGAAUUAUCGCAGUCUUGAUGCUGUCACUCGGAAAGCACUGGUGAGCUUGAUCGAAACGUGCGCGAUGCAUUCGUGCUACUCAGCUGCACGGAGGAGGCUUGCAAGCGUUGCGGCGAGCGCGCUGAAUGAGGCACGCAAGUCGUUGCAGAUCUAG